UGUGCCUCCUACUUCAGGACAGGUAAGACUUUUCUGUAACAGAUCAGACUUCUUAAGGCUACAGUGCACCUGGAUGCCUGAGGAUUAGCAAGGGGCUUGCUUCCGAGUUCCGGAAUCCCUCCCAGCUUUGCCCAAACCCUGUUUUCUUUUCUUUUUUAGACUUUGGUUUAUAACACACUAAGAAGUGGGGGGGCUAGGGGGCGGCAGGAGGGAUGAGCAGCAGUGGGCUGGUCCUGAGCACCCCAAAUCUUGAAGAAAGUACGGUGUUUGCACAAUUAAAACCCGUCAAAAUGUCCAGGGAGUCUGCAGAAGACGCCUCGGUCUUUGAAGACAUCAAACCUGCUAUAAGGAUCUUGGAAAACCAGCAGGACCUGGCGCAGCUCACCCCCCUGAGGAUGGAGCAGCGCAUGCCACUCACGAUGGAGGCACGUUCUGAAAUGGACAAGUACCUCUCUGGCCAGAUGCUGCCAAUUCCAAUGAUACCGGACAAGAAGUACCGCAGGGAGAGUGCCUCCGUGGUGGAUGAGUUCUUCUCGACAGAGAAGCCGCCCUCCACGCCCUACAGCGUGAACAUCAAUCUGAUCCUGCCAGACACCACGCACCUGCGCACCGGGCUCUACCGGCCGGCCAAGCCCCUUGCCCCCUUCCCACAGAUCAAAACAGAGCCCGGCACCAGCUUGGCCGAGCCCUGCUCGUCCGCGGCGGGCGCGACGCAGACGCUGCCGGAUUUCACCAGUGUCUUCAGCAUGCCGCAGUCGGUGGCGGUGAACAACAUCUUCAUCAAGCAAGAGAUGCCCUCGGAGAUCCCCCUGUCGGGCGGCGCCUCGCAGGCUCAGCUCUACCAGAUGCCCCUUGGCAACGGCGAGGCUGAUGGCACCCCCAUGGCGCCCUCUACGGGCAGCACCACGGCCAUCAACACCAUCGGCGGCAGCCCCAUGCCUGCGGGCAGCGCCAUGCUCCCCAGACCCAUCCAGCCCGGUCCGCAAGUGAAGCACUUCCAAAGUGUCUCCCAAGCGCAGGGGAACUUCAACCUCACGGGGCAGUUCUACCCCGUCCCAGGACUCAACCUACCCCCUUCGCCCCCGAACUCCCAGCCUGGCAGCCCGGAGAACCAGCCGGAGCUCAUCAACACCAUCUCACCCCCGCCCUCCUAUGAAGCCACCUUUGGACUGAAGCUGGUACAGUCGCCCCACAUCUCCACCCUGCCAAACGGCCUCGGGGCCCUCUCCCAUGGGCACAUUAUCAUGCCAACCCCCAAAUACAACAGGCGCAACAACCCAGAGCUGGAGAAAAGGCGGAUCCAUCACUGUGAUUACCCAGGCUGCACAAAGGUUUACACCAAGAGCUCCCACCUGAAGGCACAUCAGAGAACGCACACAGGGGAGAAGCCGUACAAGUGCACCUGGGAAGGCUGCGACUGGCGCUUUGCCCGCUCGGACGAGCUCACCCGGCACUACCGCAAGCACACGGGCGCCAAGCCCUUCAAGUGCCUGGCCUGCGGGCGCUGCUUCUCCCGCUCCGACCACCUGGCCCUGCACAUGAAGAGACACCAGAACUAGCAGCGGAGCCCUGCCCCGCCCUCGUCUCCCCUCCAGGAGCAGCUGGACUCCUUCCCCUGGGAUGGGCGACUCGUCUUGUACAUAGGAACCGCACCGGGCUGCGAUCAAACGGCAGCCGGCAGGCUCCGCUGGCGCCCGCCUGGUGCCCUGCCAGCCGGCUACUCUUCGGCAAAGGCUGAUUAAAGUGCGAUCUGUCCCCGGCCAGGACCCCGCUCCUGGACCAGGAGAUGGUCCUUGGACCCUAGACCGCUCCCUUCCCAGUCUAGGGUCCCUUCCCUAUUUAUUUUUCACGCUGAAGCAAUUUUCCCUUUUGACUCGACCUCUGGAGCUUUUCCUUCCCUUUCCUCCUGCAGCUGGGAUGAGCCGAAAUACGUCAGACGGGGGGCCCACGGCUCGCCCGCUGCUGGGAGAGCGUCUAUCGAUUCUUUGCAGUGACGCCUCGGACCGAGCUAUUCCGUGACCAAGUUGCCACCGGCAGGGAGGCCCGCAGGAUAUGCCAUGCGAGCUGAGCAGGGAAAGCUCAGGCUUGUUCGGAAAGGCCCCUCUGUGGGCGUGGCCCCCGUGGCUGCGGCAGGAACGCCGAUCCCCACAAAGUGCCACCACGGCUGGAACAGAUCCAAAGCCGACGACAAAGUCGUUCGCGCGCUGCUGAGGCCACGUGCUGUAUCCUGCAGAGGCAGCUUUGGGAGCUGAAUCCCGAUGUUCUUUGGCCAGCCACGUCCACCCUUGGGCCCUUUGCCUUUCUGCUCGGAGGAUGGUUUUGGCUUCUCUCUUCCUAAGAACCAGGUUGGCUUUUAGAGGUGGGAAGUGGCCAGUCCCCAGACCAAGCAAAUGGACUCGCUGGUUUCCCAGAAUGCAUUGUGCCUUUGAUUUCCCAGGAUGCAUUGAGUGGGCCCCGCCUCAGGCCUCAAACACAAAGGACUGGUCAUUACAAGCCCUUUUGUCCUGGUGCCGCUGGUGCAUUUUCCCACGCUCAGAAAAGCCGCUUUGAAAACAAACUCGGCUAAAUCCCGCUGUGCGAACUGUCCCCCCGUCACCUACCUCACAGGUUCACGGCCCCGCGCUCUCCAAGGGGCCUUCACGUGUCUUCCGAGCACGCCUCGAUGCGCCACAUCCGGGGGAGACCCCGGGAGCGCACGGACGGCGAAAAGUAGGCAGAACAAGACGAGGCUGUGCCCAUUGCCACGGCAGCCACGUAGGAGAUAAGAAACAAACCAGGGCUGCAAUUGGCCUCGCGUGUCCUGCAGGGCCUUGUUCUCCUGGAGAACAAACGUCAGCGACGCACAGACAGUGACGUGGGAUAGAUCAGCCACAAGGCAAAACCACGGAGCUUGGGCGCUUCAUUCCCCACGUAGCCUAGUCAUCCAGGGAGAUCCCAGGGAGAGCGGAGGGCAGGGCUUGUGAGAUUCCUGGCAAGCGGCCCACAAAGCCCCGUGCCGGCUCAGUGUUUGGGCUGAGCAGCUUGUCUGGCCAGGCCAGGGGGACACAGGUUAGGCCACGUCAGUGACCCAGCUGCAGUGACUCACCGGGAUGAAACGUCAGCGACCUCCGGCCGAGUGGGCGGAGCCGGGAGUGGAGCUGUCUGCAGAGCUUGGCUCGGGAUCUGGGAACAGGGACGCAGCUCGUGCCUUGGCUUGUUGCGCUGCAGUCCCUGGGCUCACGGGCGCUGACUCGAUCCUGCUCUUCAGACCCGCCAGCUGGCCUUGCCAAAUGGGUUCUCCAGCAAGUUCCACGCCCGCCUGCUCCACCUUCCCUCUGGUUUGACCCUGACAAAGGUCAUGCCCGGCCAGGGCCCUCAGCAGAACUGGAGCCAAAAGAAACCAGGAAGGGAACCCAAGGGCGUGCACCCUGAACACUGCACCCUCCCCUCCUAGGGGAUUUUGGAGGCUCCGGGACGCACCGCCAAGAGGGGCGGCACGUCGUGACUAAAAGGCCCUUGUUAUAACCCAAGGAUCCCUGGGGAAUUGAUAUGUGCCAUAUGUUUAUUGCAGUAAUGGAUGUAUUAUUGGAUUGUGUACCUUGUCAAAUAGAUGAGUACGCACGCGUAUGUGUGUGUGUGCGUGUGUGUGUGUGUCUGUGCGUGCGUGUGUGUGUGUCUGUGUGUGUCUGUGCAUGCGUGUGUGUGUGUCUGUGUGUGUCUGUGCGUGUGUGUGUAGCAGCUUCAGAUUCUGGUAUGCACAGGAACAUGGCAAUGAGGUCCUAACUCUCUGGUGCCCGCAUUCACAAGAGGGCGUUUGGUGGCCCGCAAUAGACAUGAAGUCGGAUUCGAUGCUUUAGGCCUUCUGGGCGUCCACUCCGUGACGCUGCGGUUCGCCGUGUCCGUGGCUUGCUCCCUUUGAGUUCAUGACUCGCUUUCAAGCGAAGCUUCGCGGGAAGCAUUUAAACCCCAGAACUGAGCUCCACCCUGCGCCACGCCCGCAAGCAGCGUGUCACACCAGAGCCGGUGCCGGGCCUGCCGUUUUACGGGCAGGAUGUGCCAUUGACAGUGCCUCUUUCUGAAUCCGGGCCUUGUCCGCGGUGCCUCCAAGGAUCCGUUUGUAGAGACGGGUCUGCGGUGUGGACCCCGCUGUGGGACUGCAGGAUGGGGAAGUUCUCUGCACCCUCAGAAAGGUUUGGCUGUUGAGAACAGUCGGGCCAUUAGUAUGGCAUGCGCAGGCCGACCCGCACAGUCUCUGUCCUUUGGCAUGAUCUCAAGUGGAAAGCAUGUCAUUGUAAGACAACAACACAUGUUAAACCAGUCGCAUCUCCUGGCUCCUGGGAGUGAGGGCUGGGUGGAAACCCAGACCAGCCAUGUUGGAGCAUGUCAAACCCAACCCAAGGUUGGCUUGGAUUCAGCUGCCAUAGCAUUGUGAUAUAUUGCAAAUGCAAGGCCUCUCCCACCAAUCCUGUUGCUCAUGUAGCUUCCCCACCCACAUGUACACACCCCAAAAUAUCUGCCACGCAGGAUCCCAGUGAUGAGCAGCCGGGUCACAACCGUUCCUUAGAACAGGGCAGGUGGAGAAGGCAACAUUAGCAAACCAGAGACACGACACUGGUUGUACUAAGUGCGCCCACAUUCCAUCAUCUAGCCGCAUGGACAACCCUCAAGGCAAUGCCAGCUUCCGUCUGUAGAUUUGUGGGCAUAUGGAGCCCACUGUGAAGGCUGGUGGUAGCUCCCCGAUAUAGCCUCACCUCAGCCGUGCUAUGCUGGAGACAGAAGUCUUUACCUAUGAAGGGCUUGGCUGGAGCAGGUGUAACAUUGGAUGUUGCAUGGUGUCCAAUGUGCUUUUGUUGUUGUUUUUUUUACAAAUGCUAAAUUUCAACAGCAUCAAAGGAAAAUUUCCAUGCAAAAGAGAUGACAGGCAGAUGAAAAUGUGAAAUACUUUAGGCCUGGGACGUUGAGGCUUAGAGCCAAAGAAGAACCGAUCUCACCCUCUUCCUCGUUUUUUAAAUCUCUCAUGCCAACGCAAAGCCAUGCGGACAGUGGAAAACGAAUGGGCAUUACGAGUUGGUGGUCCAAAAGCGACCGUUUGAUUUGUUUGGUGGCAAACGUCAAUGUUUUUGACAUUUCUCGACCGGCCUUUUUGGGGCCAAAAAAGUGUGUGCUUUUGAAAAGCGGUUUUCUGUAAAAUUGUUGGUUAAAAAAAAAACAACCCUUAAAAAUGAGUUUUUAAAAAAUCACUGGUGUUCUCUCAGAACUGCAGACGUUUUAAAUGGAAAACUUGAGUAUUUUUUAUUUGAACUAUUUCACUGGGAAAAAAAUCUGGAUUUUAUUUAUUUUUGGGAAAGAAAAUAGAAAAUAGUUAUUAUUUGUAAAACGUUGGUCAAAGAGCCUUUUUUUUUCUUCAUCAAAACAACGUUCUGCUCUUCAGCUUGGCCUGAUCGCAAGAGGGACGGGAUGGUGCUUGACAGUGUCUGAGGAAUCCUUAUACUGCAGAAUGGUUUUUGGUCAGUGCCUCCUUGCUAAGUGCAGCAUCCCUCUAGAAGGUCUUUGGCUCUCACAGACAACUGGUGUGUCUAUGUAUAAUUCCCAAAAGAAAUGUAAUAUGCCCAGACCAACAUAUGGGGCGCCAGGAUGAAUAGACUAUCAGAAAGUUAGGGGAGGCAUUGGGGACUAUUUCUAUGGGCAUGUUUUCAUUCGCCGUGCCCUAGAUCGAUGUUCUGGCAUUUGAUUUAGCGGGUCUAGACCAGACCUGUAAAUCGAACACUGAGAGCAGCUCCGGCCAGCAUCUGUACUCCUCGCAGUCACGAGGAGUAAGGGAAGCCAACAGGAGUGUGUGCUCCCAUUGGCCUCCUGAGUUGGGGUCGGGGCCAAGCUCGGCAUAAGGUACAUAUUCUGCGUAGCUGCAGUUGCAUAUCUUAAGCCGACCUUCCAGAUCUAGUGGAGACCUGGCCUAUUCUAAAGGAUAUAGGAUAUAGGACCUACUCACUGGAUUUCUCAAGCUUCCUUCAGAACAAAAUUGGGGGGGAGGGUUAAAUGUCCUUUUACAUUGUCAUUUAUGCCUCUGAGCACGUACGACAGUGGAGCGAUUUCUGUAAAUAGUAGGGGACGCUGUACAGAUUUUUGUAUAUGGAUUAGAAGCGAUUGUUUACUGUAUCAUAUGAACCCACAUCAAAUCGGGACCUGGAAACUUGUGGUGGAAGGUUUAUUUCCUGGAUAUUUUUGUUUGUUCUUUUUUAAAAAUAUUAAUUCGCCUGCUAUUUUGUAAUACAAUUACCCUGCAGGGCAGAAUGUUCAUUCUUCUGUCCCCCCAUCCUCCGAACGCCAUCCUAGCACCCAUCUCCUGCUUCUCGCGACCUGCCUGACAACGCCGUUCACACGCGCUAGCCCACGUCUCCCUGUGGACAGGUCCCUGCUAUCCAGAGAUGGCAGGUUUAAGACUUGUCAUAGCUGUGUGGCUCUGCAGGGGCUCGGGGUGGGCUGUUCCACUCAACGUGGUGACAAAUACCCGGGGAGGAAGCACAGAGAGAAUCCAUGCUUGUGGCUGAUGCUUUAGAGCAGAGGGAACGGCUUUCCCCCUCCAACGCGCACAACUGCCUGCAUCAUUGUGUAGGGGAAAGGGAGGGAACAAAUUCCCCCCAGCCCUUGACAGCAGAUCGUCCUCGAUCCUCGAUCGCCCUUUUCGUUUGUGUCACUAUGGGCGUUGUUAGGGUCUGAGAGAACGAGCAGCACAGAAAGGCAGCUAAAGGGUUAAUUAGCAUUUUAUUCUCCCCCCAGACUUGGGCCCCCUUGUGCCCCCAAACGAGCAUAUGCACUGUGAUGCUGCCAGUCCCGGUGGGUACAGCUACACUGAGGCGCUUGUUUGGGGUACUUCCGGUAUCCCGCAAUGGCGCAUCCCGCCUCUUGACAGCACGCCCGUUAUUUCGAAAUAGCUUUCGAAAUCACGUGCUCGUGAUUCCGACGUCCCUGUCAACCUUGUUCCACGAGGAUUAAGGGACGUUUCGGACUAGCGGGUUAUUUCGAAAUGUGGCGCUUUGCAGACAAGUGCCAAACGACGAAAUAAGCCAUUUCGAAAGACACUCGAAAGAAGCGACGCCAUUUGCAUAGUGCCAAUGGCGUCGCUUAUUUCAAGCUACCAGUGCAGUGUAGACGCACCGUAAAAAACCUGUCACCUGGCCAACAUUGCCCUCCAAGGCAUACAGAUCUCCUGGGCUCCUGGACUCCCCUAGGUGACUUUGCAGGCGCAGUCUCCCAAGUAGCUCUCUUUAUUGGGGGAUUUUGAGAGGGAGGAGGGCAGAGGGCAUAAAACCCCUCCCUUGCGCAGGAAAAAAAGUGCACUCCGGCAUGAGUUGCUGGGUGUAUGGCGGAAUGGGUGUCCUGGAUGUUAAACUCCAUUUGUACAUUGUUGUUAUUUUUAUUGUUGUUUUUUUUUACCAAAAGCAAUGAAAUAAACAGAUCUUUCUAAACCAUG